AUGAACAGUAAAUUACAAGCUGCCGUUGACGAGAUUGUCGACCAGUUCACCGUUGAUAAGGAUUUCCUUUGCAAUGCCACCGAUCAUUUCUUAGAGAGUAUGGAUCUGGGAUUGCAACAUCAUACUCCAAAGAGGGAAUUCAUGCCAAUGAUUCCAACUUAUGUUACCGCUAUUCCUACUGGUAAGGAAAAGGGCCUCUUUUUGGCUGCCGAUUUAGGUGGGACUAAUUUUAGAGUUUGCUCUAUUAAUUUGAAAGGAGACCAUACAUUCACUUUAGAGCAAGCUAAAGCUAGAAUUCCGGACGAAUUAAUGAAAGAUUCAACCGCAGAAGACUUAUUUGCUCACUUAGCUAAGAAGGUCAAGCAGUUUUUAGAAGAAUUCCAUCAAGAAUUAAAUGUGCUGGAAGAUAAAUUGAAGCUUGGCUUUACAUUUUCUUUCCCAGUGGACCAAAGUGCCUUGAAUAGAGGAAAACUCAUUCGUUGGACAAAGGGUUUUGACUUACCAGACUGUGUAGAUAAAGACGUUGUUAUUUUAUUUCAAAAUGAGCUAGACAAGUUGGGAGUAAAGGUUCAUAUUGCUGCAUUAGCCAAUGAUACAGUGGGAACCUUACUUUCUAGGGCAUAUUCAAACAAUCCGGCAGUAACUAAUUCAAAUACAGUCGUGGGAGCAAUAUUUGGAACAGGAACUAAUGGUGCGUACUUUGAAAAGUUGGACAAAAUUCCAAAAUUGAAAAAAGAACAGAUUACUGAGGGAACUACUGGUAUGGUAAUCAACACUGAAUGGGGUUCUUUUGACAAUACCUUGAAAGUUUUACCAAAAUCAAAAUUUGAUGAAAAAUUAGACUUGGAAACAGCAAAUGUUGGAUAUCACUUAUUUGAGAAAAGAAUUAGUGGAAUGUUCUUGGGUGAAUUGCUUAGAAUCAUUUUGAUUGAUUUAUUUGACCAAGGAUUGAUUUUCCAAGAUUUGUACAAGUCCAGAGGGGGUUCUUUACCGCAUAGAUUAGCAGAACCCUGGCAAUUAUCUUCUGAAGUAUUGUCCUACUUACAAAUUGAUGAUUCAACGAGCUUGAAAAUGUCAGGAUUAAUCUUAGAAAACGAGUUAAGAUUACCUACAAAUGAGGAAGAGAGACUUGUAAUUCAGAAGAUAACUCAAACUGUUUCCACGAGAGCCGCUAGACUUUCUGCAAUCCCUUUGGCUGCAAUUGUUAAACGUGUCAGCGAACAAUACGAAGAUGAUGACAAGGACUUCGAGUUUGGUUGUGAUGGUUCCGUAGUUGAGUUUUAUCCUGAUUUCCAAGCCAAGAUAUUAGAAGCAAUUGCAAUUAUUAACCCAUUGAAAGGGUCGAACAAAAAGAUACACUUGAAAAUUGCGAAGGAUGGUAGUGGAGUAGGCGCUGCAUUAUGCGCAAGUGUUGCAAAAUAG